AUGGACGGCCCAGUGAAUACAGACGACAACCGGAUCAUUCCUGCGCCGUCAGAACACCCGCUCGUCAUCUUGCUGUGUCUCGGCAGCGCUGCAGGAGCAAGUCAAACCAGAGCUCCGCCAUCAAUGCCUACAGGCAGUCCUGCAGCGGCCCCGACUCCUCCAGUCGGCGUGGACUUGCGGAGAUUUGAGCCUCUGGCUGCGUACCUGAGGGACAGAGGGGCCGAGGUCGAGAUCUGCCACGACACAUUUACGGCCAUCCGUUUCUCCUGGGACCGACGUCCACACACCAUCAUCGUCGUCGACGACAGACUCUUCCAAUCAGACGUCCGCGAGGACCUUCUCCUUCAACAUGUGGUGAUUAGCCUAACAGCCUUUGCUAUGAAUGGCGGAUAUCUUAUCUUCCGGCCAAGUUUCGGUAACCACGGGGCUCUUCAGCCGAUGUUUCGCCAGCGGUUCGGCCUGGACUGGCAGAUCAGGGGACAUUUUACCCUCCCUGUCAGACGGGGGGGUUGGCUCGAUCUCGUUCGGGAGGACCUCUUGGAACGUUUACCGGAAGAGUAUACCGCUGCUGGCGCGUUUAUCGACAGCGCCACUCCCGCUUUCCCAAUGUAUUUCUCAACGGGUAUACUGGCAGACACAAACAGUAGGUUGGCCUCUACUGCCGCGGGCAGAUUGGCUAAUGGAUUGGUGGUCUACUGUGGCGACGACAUCACGCAGAGAGAAGCAGAUCAGAUUAUUUCGAUAUUCUGUGGCGUCUAG